AUGUUUUUCUCGUGGCUCGCCAGACGGUCUGUCUGUGUAUACACAUGACACUGAUCCAUGCGUCGUGCAGUCAGUCUACUCAUUCACUCAUCAUUCGGAGAAGUCCAUCCGCGCCCUCUUCUCGUCACACAGCGUCUCGACGAUGGCGGGGUCCAUCAGCACGGGAUCCACACACCGCUGGCUGGCCGACGUCACAACCUAUAAACACACACACACACAGAGAGAGAGAGGGGGAAUGGCCUCUGGGGCAGGGAGGGAGGGUCACACUGACCUCGUCCAGCAGGCCGUCCAGCCCGUUUGCAUCGUCCUGCUCCACCAGCUCGCGAAUCAUGUCAGACAGGAAGGCACAAUCGACCUGAAACACCCACACUCUAGAUGGAUGGACACAAGAGACACCACCAGACACACACACAGACAGACACAGACAAGCGUGGGUACCCACCUGUAUCUGCUGGAGACCGAACUUGCCGAAGGUCUCAUCUCUGACGAGCUCGUAGAGCGCCUUGAAGGCGAUCCGCAGGAUGCCUACCACCGCGCCAUUGCGGUUGAAAGGGAUCUCACUGCACAACGAAUGGCGCACACACAAUGAUCCACACACAAUGACGUCUGUGUCUGUGUCGACGCUAAGCUUACCCGAAGAUGAGCACCUUCCUGGCAAACAGCCUGUCCAUCUCGAGCUCCAUCUGGGUGCGGCGUAUCCUCAGCAAGGCGGAUGAGCGAAUGGCGUGUUGUUUGGGUUUCCUGGGGUCGCCCAGCAUGCGGGCCAGCUGGUUGUCGGCCUCCCGCACCUCCUUGACCACCACCUCCAUCACCCAACGGACGUCACGCGGCUCCCUGCAGACAGAGAUAUGUGUGUGUGGUGAGGCACCGAGAGAGAGGGAGCGGGGGCUGUGUGCACACCUGACGUGGAGCCAGUCGGGGGUGCGGAUGGAUUUCCUCAACAAGUGUGACAGCUGCUGACCCGUGUGAAAGGCAUACGCACUCAGCAAUCGCUGCGCUGCCUGACAACCACACCACACAAACAAUCAGUCAGUCAGUCAAGUCCCGGCCACCUGUCUGGUCUUCUUCGUGAGCGCCGGCACGGUGGUCUGUGCGAAGGUGGUGGACUGCUGCCCGGGGUACUGUGCCACCGCCAUCUGGCUGAUACGCUGCAGUCCCCUCUGCUCCAGGUGCCGCCCGAUGCGCACGAGGGCUAGAGCGAACAAGGCGCGCCACUCGAUGCUGCCACAGACACAGAAAUCGACACACAAGGGGUGGGGGAGAGGGGUGUGUGGCGUGCCUUUGGAAUUCUGCGAUGAGCUCGUCGCUCAUGGAUGGAGGGAACCCUUCAAGUGGCACAUCCUAACCACACACACCACACACGUGUGUGUCUAUGAUGUGGCUGUGCGGCUCAAACGGGCUGACCGACCGUUUCUCUGCCCGUGACGAUCCUGCAGAGGGCGGCGAAUGUCUCGAAGAGGGUCGCAGUGUGUGUGAAGAUGCCCUCCUGCAGGGCCUGCUUGGCCUUGGGCGCACUCACACCGGCAUCCAACUCCCCUACUGACAGAUACGGGGCCACCUCCUACAUGGACACACACAUGCACAUGGACACAGAGAUCUCUCUCUCUCUCUCUGUGUGUGUGUGUGUGUGACGCACCGUCAGUGUGAGGGUGGUCUGGUAGAGCACCGAGUGCUCCACCUUGCCCACCCUCUCCAACACGCUGUCGGCUGUCGGCAACUGCUGCUGCUGCUGGUGCUGGGGGGUGCUCUCUUUCGGACUCCCCUCACCCCCACUACCACCAGCAGCAGCGGCACUUGACACACUGGGCGACUUGAUGGCUGUGAGGGGGCCGCAGCACCUGACAGAGGGAGGGAGGGAGGGAGGGACAGAGAGGGGUGAGGCUUUGUUUCCUCUCUCUGUCUGUCUGUCUGUCUGUGAGUGUGUCGGUGUUUCUUACUGGUGCAGCUGUCUUAGGUGGUUCAGAAAGAGCUCCGUGUUGGCGGCGAAGCGCAGCUCAAUCCCCAAACCAGCUGCACAGACACACACACACACACAUGAAAGGCGUGUGUGGGGGGGGGAGUGUGUGGGUCUCUCCCUCUCUCUCUCCCUCUCACCGAUCCGCAUAGGGUAUUUCGGCCACGCCCUGGCCACUUCCAACACCGGCAGCCCCCUCUCCCCCCUCCCACCCUGCUGCACAGCCACCCCCACAAGCCGUAAACCCUCCUCAAUCACCUUAGGCGCGAUCGCCCCCACCGAAGACGACACACUCUCGACGGGCACCGUCUGCGGCAGAUCCACCGGCAUCAGCGGGCGCUUUCUCAUCAGCGCGCCGAGGGACUCGCAGAGAGAGGCCAUGUUGUCGGCGAGGAAGGUGUCAAGCUUUGUGGGGUAUGUGUCUGGGAUGGUGCUGGGGAUUAUGUCUGUGUUGAGCUUGAAGGCGGCCUCGGCGCCCCGGAUGAUGUCGCAGAGGGGCGGGAUCCAGGAGGCGGCCACGCCGUGACACGCAUCGACGAACGGCUCCCUCUCAUCCUCGGCAUCUCUAUCUCGCCGUUGUGCUGCCGCCUCUUUCUCCGCCCUAGCCAACACACACAGACACACACACACACAGAGAGAGAGAAAUGCGCCCAUCCACACACCCACACACACCCAGACGCACCUUUCAACAAUGACUUUCAGCCGUCCGUCGAGUGCGCGCCUCCGUCCUUGUAGGAAGGUGUCGAGCAUGGCGGUGGGGUCCUCCCCGGCCAGCAGCAGCACCUUGACCAGAUGGACCGCAGAGAAGGUGCCCAGCGGGUCGUCAUCGGUCUCCCUCUCCCUCUCUGGGGGCGGCGCGUCGAGGCGAGAUUUCAUUGCGCUUCGGGCAGCUGACAUGAGAGCCCACACCUGACAGACAACCAAACACAUGGAUUAAUGGGUGUGUGAGCCACACCCUCCCUCUCCCUGUGUGUGUGUCUGUGUGUGAGAAGAUACCUCUUUAGCGACGUCAGUGAACGCCCCCGCGACCUCGACGGCCUUCUUGGGGUGCCCCUCGGCGGCAGUGGUCUUGUCGGUGAGGCCCAGGAAGACCUCCCACCGCCGGUGGGUGCGCACCGCCGACUCGAAGUCACCGCUGUCCAAGUACUGACACGACACAUGGAUCGGUCAACACAACACAUCAAGGGAGAAAUUGGGGGGCUGCUGGGGGAGGGGCAUUCGUACCCUCUUGAGCACUUGUGGAAGGUUCUUGAGGAGCUGCAGCUUCUGCAGCACGUUCAGCACACCAACCAGCUCCUGCAAUGCCAAACCACACCAACACACACACAUCCGCCCCCUCACACACACACAUAAAGAGAGAGAGAGAGAUUCCUACCCUACCCCACCUGUAUCUUCUCGGGUCUGCCGGCGAGUGUGGCGUUGAGUCGAGUGCUGCACUGGUUGAUGGAGUUGAUUCGCUGUGUGAGUCGCGACAUUUCGCUCUCCAUCGACUCGAUGUUGGCCUUCAUGGACUUGAUGGUGUCGGUGGCGGUGAUGAACUUGUUGUAGUUCUCGUAGACCAGCAUCUGCAUGUCACCGUCCAACGUGCUCACCUGCACACACACACACACACACAGAGAGGGGAUGGGGGAAGUGGCACACACACACACACACACACACACACACAAACACAGAGAGAGAGAGAGAGAGCCCACCGACCUGCUCGGUGAGCUCUUUGCUCUUGGUGAGCAUCUGCGACAGCUCCGUGUUGGUCACCAGCUCCUGAAACCAGCUGUGCACGUCGAAGUUCGGCCCGUCAAUGUCGCUCUUCGACUCCCGCCGCACACCCAUCCCUCCAGACGCCGACGACGCCUUUGCACUGUCAUCCCCUGCUGACGCUGACGAUGGCUGCUGCUGGUCGCCGCUCUCGUCGAGUUGAUAAUAGGCACUGAGAAGGGCGCCUACACGGUGGUGGGAGGCUGGCGGCUGCUGCUGCUGCGUGUCCGAGUCGUAGUCCGCUUGGGAGUCGGUGUCGUCCAUCACGGUGUGGCCAGAUGGAUAGAUCCGCUGGUGGUCGCUGCUGGGAAAGAAGAAUCAAUGACGCGGGCUGAUUCUCGGGUGGGCGAAGAUGCUGCUCGCGGGCAACACCGUGGCAGCCCCUUCUUUGUGUUUUGG